AUGUUUCAGUCGAGCCGCAUUGCAUUGGCCUUAUCCCUAGUGAAACGGGCUCAGCGAAGAGUCUUGAUUGGAAAAUUGUGUUCGUCCUUCCUCUGUGAUGAAUUCUCAGCUACACAAUCCCACCAGUUCCGGGGAAAUAGAAAACGACAUGUUUCGUCAAUGAAGAAGAACAUCGGAAAUGACGCUAGAAAUAUCCGCAACACAAAAGUCAAAAGUGUCCAACAGGCACUACAUACGGUAGGAGAGCUGAUAAAGAGCUUAGAUUCUUCAGAUGGACAUCAGAUCGAAGAUCAAAAACGUUGUCAUGAUGGAGUAGAGAGAGUGCUUGGUGACAUCGUCUCUCAGGUAGACGAAGGUUCAUUGAACCCACUGGGAAAACAUGGCAAAGAGCUAUCAAGAUUUUUUGAAUUCAUAUUAUACGCUUACAGCCAAGUUGAUAUUCCAGAAAUAUCCUCGUUUGACAAAAGCGGACAAGUUCUGGAUACGUUGAAGAAGUGGAAUCUGGACAUUAGAAGCCGGCACUACGAGUUUGCAAUAAUAUCAGCGAAUCGAGAAGGCAGAUACAAAGAAGCUACAGACCUCUUUCUUCGACAAAUCGACCCUGAAGCAGGAUAUAAUCCUAUUAAUGUGUCCCUUGAUACUCCCCAUGGAUUGGUUGCAAUUGCACUUUGGGCACAACAGGAAGGGUUGCCUGCUGCUGAGCAUGUUUUUGAUGCCGUCAUGAAGUUGACUAUGGUCUCACCAAGUGAUUCGAAACAAUAUACAUUGGCAGCAGGCACGGCACUAGGUCAAGCAGGCGAGUGGGAAUCAGCUAUCAACUAUCUGUAUGACAGCGACGAUAUUAAGCAGUUUGGCCAACCCAUCGUUUCAGCCGUUAUGCGAGCUUGCUUGAUGUGUAACCGACCAGACGUUGCAUUGGAAGCAUUCGAUCACUGUAUGAACGAUCUUGGCAUAAUUGGAGGUGGAGAAUGGCAAUGGGGUGGUGGCAGAGAUAGAAUCGAUCCGUUGUGUCGAGAUAUAGCGAUGCGUGCUAUGAAAGGCAAAAAUGGAACUUCCGAAACGGCCUUAAAUUUCUUUCAAGAGGUCUUGGACGAGGAUGUAACUAUCAGCAUCGAAGCGUUGCAGGGCAUCGCGGAAGCAUGUGAGCGUGAUAGAGACUGGGAAACGGCUCUCGGCUUGCUAUUGUAUAUUCUUGAGCAUCACAGCAGACCCAAUUGGAUUGUAGAUGGAUCGAAACAAGAAAUCCAGGAACGCUAUUCGGUGGAAACAAAGCUGUCUCCCGACGAGCCAAGCUGGAUCACAAAGUUGGGACCAGUGCUGGCUUCCGUGAUGAGAACGUGUAAUGCAGAUUCAAACUUUGGAACAUCAAUAUUUUGUUUGCUAUUGAUUGACAACGCUCUAGGCAAUGCUGCCGCAAGCACGGAAGAAAGGAGCCUCUCAGUGAAAAUGACAGCAUAUCUCUCCAAAUCGGAGUUUAAUAAUGAUCUAGUGGUUGCUGCAAUGACCUCACUCUGUGGAUUGAGGCUAUACAAAACUGCGAUUGACAUCUUUGAAACUGCCGAAAGAGACACAAGGAUGCAGGGAUCAACCGAUGCCAGAGUCACAUCCGAUGCUGCCCUUUCCGUUUAUCAGUACGCCUUGUUGGAGAAUUCAAAACAUGGCACAAUCGAGACUGGGAACCCAUCUAUACAUGCGAUCUUUGAAAUUGAGCGACUAAUCGAAGAUUCGAAAUCUUCUGAGAAGCAAGGAGCUGGUGAUUCACAACAACAGUGGAAAAGUACCUGUUCAAACCUAGCGGAGGCGAUGAAAGCUUGCACCUAUAUUCGCCAAUCAAAUCUUUCAUUCGUAUUGUUUAAUUGGGUCGCAAUGCAAAUGAAAGGUGCCAAGCAAGAGUUUUCCUCGUUGCAAAAAAUUGCCAAACCAGUAGACUUGGACGAUGCCUUUGCAAUGCAAUCAGACCCUCUUCUGGCAGAAGUUGUGAGUACGAGAAGAUGGAAUACUAAUACUGCUGACUCAAACAAUGUCUUCGAAUCGCUUCUUCGCAACGACGUAUCUGAAGUGGGUGACUGGGCAAAUAGUUGCAAUGCCGGUGUCUCAGCCCUUCUGGUAAAAGGUGAUGGAGAUGCAGCAAUCAAGGUGUUUCAUGCGCUUGACAAUAAGGCAAUGAAUCCGGAUUUGUUCGUCAUUAUUGCAGACCAUCUGGCAAAAGAGCAACAAUGGGCUGCAGUAAUGGAUUUAUACAAAGCAGCAUUGCAAGAAGGUUGUUACUCAGAGGAAUUAUCCGCUAUUGCCAUGAAAGCGGUAGUCUCGUCGGAAGUAGAAAGUAGAAUUAUUGUCCUCAGGGAAAUGAUUCAGAAUGUUGCCCAAUACAACGGGACCAAUUCCGAGAAAUGGUUGCGCGAGAGAUACUGGGAAAUCAAAGGGCUGAUUGGGUUCAAGUAUGCACGGCUUCUCAUGUGGUGGAAUGACCCCAGCACCUGCCAUUUGGACGAACUUAAUUUCGCCAUCGAAGAGGUAAACGAGCGCACGGCCAAUGGUGCAGAUGUAAGAUAUGAAACUAUUCGCACAAUCAUCAACAGCGCAAAGCGGGGGUUGAUUGAGGACAAUCUGGAAAAGUAUCGAUGGAUUCCUUCAUCUGCUGAGGAAUGGAAAGAGUUGAUGCAAUUGGUGAUUUACCAAGCGCAAUUGACGAACCAUCUCGAUUCAAGGCUGAUCGACGAGCUCGUGAGAAGUUACAUUGCCCUCGACUGUCGUGAGGAAUGCAUCCAUUUUGUAAUGGACUCGCUACACUCGGGCACAAGAGUCAACAAGUUUUCGUUGCAUCAGGCACUCGAGGCCGCACACCUAGAGUCAUCUGACGCAGUCAAUGAUUUGCAGAUGAUGCUUUCAACAUCUGUAUGA